ACAGCAGCAGCAGCAGCAGCGCAGCGUGAACCCGCAGCUGGCCGAUGGGAGAGAUACUGCUGGUAGACCACCAGACGGGCAAUGCUGCUCGGAGGCCAAAAGGUUGCCAGGAUGCCCGACAAGCAAUCGGUGCCGGGGGGCCUGGUGGGAAUAGUCCAUUGCCUGUCGGGCUUGUGUAUCGCGAAAGGUGACCGAGCCGCAAGGGGCCGUUGCUCAUCCGUAGCACUGGUACUGGUCCUGGGACUGGUCCUGGGACUGGCAGUCGUCUCGUCGGGUACCAUUCCAGCAUCCCGUCUCUGGAUCUGUCAAGUUCUCCCUCCCUCCUCUCCUCCUCUUUCUCUACUCUUUCCUGCCUACAACGGUCCUGGUGGCGGUGGUGGUGCUCGUGGUCGUCAUCAAGGUUGCUGCCGUCGCCGGGAGUGCCGCCUCCAGCCUCCCGCCUGCGCAGUGUGGUUGCCGAGAAGACAAAUCAUUUCGGUAGUUCGGGAUGCUGGUGUAGCAGUGGGAGUUGUCGGCGCUGGCACUGGCAGUUGGGUGGUGGCAGGUAACGUCCAAAUCUCGGUCAUGACGGAGAGAGUGACAUUGACAUCCAAGUGGUGAUGCUGCCGAACAAAGGCGCAUUGAACAACCAAUGGCCACCCACCACCUCAGCUGCCGUCAGU